AUGCGGGUAUUCGGGGGCAGAAUGGGGCAUUGGCUGAAACGACAAAUGACGCUUUCUAAAAUGCGGAAUAAAAACAGACAGUAUUUGAGUAUGAUAGGACUGGCUAUAUGGUUGAUCGCUAGCAUCUUCUUGCUAGCAUCACUGUAUGGCUCGGGGUACGAUUUGUCGGCACUGAGUUUUGAGCAGCUCGGCCUCAGCAAUUUAUCUGCAAGUGAUGAACAUAAUCCUGGUUACGUGGCACAGUUAUACCGGACUAUAUGGUACGAUACCACAUUCCAGUACCCGUCAUCUUACAAGCUGCAACAGGACUUGCUGACCGUGCAAGUUGGACCACAUAAAGGCGAAAAAAUAAAAAAGGUGGAGGAUUUGCAGUUUUAUAGCUCGGAUCCCCGGCUGGUCUGGAGCGUCUUGGCAGACUUCUUUACGCAGAGCCAGGAUCCGUCGGUCCUCUUGCCAUUUUCGUGGUAUGAUUGGGCAGAUUUUGGCGAUUAUAACAAGCUCAUCUCUUUGCAAGACACAACCCUUACCUGCGACUUCCUGUUUGGGCAUCACUUCAAUGGAUCCUUACUUUCGCAGAUAGAGGACGAAUUAGGGGAGACUUUGUUUGACAUCGAUAGAGAGUACUAUAACCAUAAUACUGAGCUCCAGUCUGAUCAACUUCGUGACAUGUUUCAGCGCGCAAAUAGCUCGUGCGUGGUAGAAGAUACAACCAAAAGUCUGAAUUCAGCGGGGAGCAAUGACUCACAUGGAUACUCUAUCGGCAUUGUUGCUACUGCUUUGAAGGACCAGGUGAGGCCGGAGGUCUACAGAUUCCAAGCUAGAAAUUACCUCUUGCAUGCUUCAAAUAGCCCAUUGUCGCUCACUAUAUUGAAUGGGGACACAUAUUCUUGGCAAUUUAUAGUGGAUCAAACAUCGCGCCAGAAUUUGGCACAAUCCGGUUUACUCAACAACUACGUUAAACAGAGAACUGGCGUAAAACAAGAUUUUACGUUCGAUUACGUCAAAGAAUUCAAGAAAUUUACUAAAAGCGAAUCCUCAAAUUUACAUCAAGUUCGCAUUGAAGGCUUACAAGAUAACGAGCAUAACGCGUUCGAAAAAUAUAGCACAAAUUUAAAAAAGUCAGAUUUCGAAUUUGACGCACUGGCUCGAAUCCAAGAGUUGAAAAAUCAACGUAAGCCGCUGAAUGCUCAUGAACAAUCAUACCUGGAGAGUUUGGAAUUUUCUACGCAGACUCAUUUCGCAUUUGCGCCCAAAUAUUUCAAUGAGCCUGGAGGACUCCAAGACUUUUUGGCUCUAGGAAGACACCAUGAUGCAAGAUUUUUCAACGGGGCAAUUUUUCGCGAUGUACAUGAGAGCCAAUUGCGAUUAAACUCUAUGAUGGUAACUUUCCAAAAAUUCUUAAAAGCCAAUAGCUUGAUAUGCUGGCUGGCUCACGGAUCGCUUUAUGGAUAUCUUUACAACGGAGAAGCCUUUCCAUGGGAUAAUGAUUUUGAUAUGCAGAUGCCUAUUAGGCAUUUGCAUAUCUUAGCACAGCACUUCAAUCAGACGUUAGUGCUUGAAGAUCCACGGGAAGGAAAUGGCAGGUUCCUUUUGGACAUCGGAAGCUCAAUAACUACUCGUAUUCAAGGAAACGGAGACAAUAACAUCGAUGCCAGAUUCAUUGACAUUGACUCGGGGCUUUAUAUUGAUAUCACUGCCCUUAGCGUCUCCUCCGCAAUGCUAUCUGUAAGAGACAAAGCUUUCUUCAAUGCCAAUAAAGACAAAGUUGGUCUCGACAUAAAGCAUCGUGAUCCCAACUUGAUAUUUAAUAAGACCGACGUGCCUCUUCAAGUUCUUUAUAACAAGGUUGAGGAAAGUGAUUCAUAUAGUGAAGACGACAAGAAACGGGUGAAAACUAUGAUCGCGAAAUAUAAUGAUCAAUUCCCAGGUGACAAAUCGCCCUCAAAAUAUUAUUCUGUGGAACAGCGGUACAACUUGAAUUAUGAGCUUAGCCUUUUUAACUGCCGCAAUCACCACUUUGUCCACUUUGAUAUGAUUUCACCCCUAAUAGCAACAAAAUUCCACGGUGUCUCCGCCUUGGUUCCUGCUAAGUAUAUCAGCGCCUUGCGUAGAGAGUAUCAAGUACCCAUGAAAAUGAGCGCUAUUGCAUUUCAAGCCAAAUCCUUCGUUCCUGGCCUUAGAACAUGGAUACCCGUGUCGCUUCUAAGAAAGUUGAUGAAUACUAACGGGCGCAUUCAAGAAUUAGAAAGUAUUAAAACUCCUGUUAGUAAUUUUAACCUGAGUGACAUAGCCAUUCUGGUAAAAAAUGCAGCGAGCUCGAAUGAGGCUGAUUUUCUUUCAACCAUCUACAGUAGUAAAGAGAUGAGCACUUAUCGUUUGAAAGAAAUUGAACUGCACUUUUCACAAAAUCACAAUAUUACUGAGAAAGAGUAUUUGCUCACACGACUCAGAUCGGACCUUGGAUCAAAAAUCAAACCUAUAAUGACAGAUCCGUAUAUCAGCUACUUGCAAAAAAUGAGGUGGCGUGAGGUGUCAAAAGAAGAGAACUUCAAUCAGGACGAUCUCCAGUUCGUUGAUUUGGCGAAGGCCGAGAAAAUAGACGCAUGGAACUUACUGCUGGCCAAUAAGUCAUUGCCCUUCUACAAAGCUGAUUCAAGUUCAGAAAUCAAACUGGAUCUCGAUGAUUUCAAUGUCGUGAAUGGCGGUUUUAAUUCUAAUGACGUUUUCAAGGAAGAUCCAGAACUUUUUUAG